UUUUUCUUUUUACAAGAGUUUGUACUGAGAAUCUGUUUGUUGGCUGAUUUCUGGCAGCAUGACCACCGUUACGGGAUUGAACAUCAGUGAAUACCAAAUAAGAAGAGCAAAGGCACUGAACCGCAAGGUUGGAUUGGACAAGGCUUGCGACUUUGUCAAGGCGGAUUUCAUGGAAAUGCCAUUUCCUGACAAUAGUUUUGAUGCCGUAUAUGCAAUUGAGGCUACUUGCCAUGCUGCGGAUGUGGUUGGGAGCUACAAAGAGAUUUAUAGAGUACUGAAGCCUGGCCAGUGUUUUGCUGCGUACGAGUGGUGCAUGACUAAUUCCUUUGAUCUCCACAAUCAAGAACACCAAAAAAUCAAGGCAGAAAUCGAGCUUGGUAAUAGCCUCCCUGAUAUCAGGGGUACAGGACAAUGCCUUGAGGCUUUGAAGCAAGCAGGAUUUGAAGUAAUAUGGGAUAUAGAUCUUGCAGCAGAUUCACCCGUCCCUUGGUACUUGCCUUUGGAGCAAAAUCAAUUCUCACUGACUGGCUUCCGUCUUACAGCGGUUGGACGUUUUUUUACAAGAAACAUGCUCAAGGGACUGGAAUAUAUUGGACUUGCCCCAAAGGGAAGUCGAAGGGUUCAUGAUUUAUUGGAGAAAGCUGCAGAUGGGCUAGUUAACGGUGGAAGGAAGGAAAUCUUCACGCCAAUGUAUUUCUUCCUGGCUAGGAAGCCUCAUUUGGAUGGCUAGUAAUGCCCAACUACGAACUAACAAGUUGUUGCUGGGGCCGAGCCAAAAAGAAGAGUUGCUGGGAAUUCUGACUACCAGAUUUCCGUUUCCAUUUAUUUUUCUGUAAUUGCGUGUCCGGAUUUAGGUUUCUGAGUUGCUUGUGCGUUACGGUAUCCUGUUGUGACUUGUGUGUUUUCAAACUUGCAGUUUAAUUGAUUGUAAACUUCUUUGUUUCGCUCUUUCACGGUUAUGAGCGUAUGUUACGUGCGAAAUUUUUCUCACCUUAGAAGGGAAAUUCUCAAUGUUAGGCUUUUGAAGACCCAACCUUUGCUUUUC